AUGGAACCCGGAAUGGCAGAUGUAUAUGCACUACCAGCUGAUCAGAGUGGAAGAUUUGUAAUGUCAAUGGAGAGGAUUCACCAAUCAAGCGACAGAAUCAGGGAGAGUAGAAAAUUAAUGCUGGAGACAGAAGAGGUCGGCAUCUCAGUUGUUGAAAAUCUGAGUCAGCAAACGGCAGACCCUCCUUCUCGCUCACACUUACAAUUAAUCAGAAACUUCUUGGGUAUUGUUUUGCUUCAGGGUGUGGAUGAUGCCAUUGACAAGAGCAAGAAAAAGUUGACCAUUAUGUCAAGAAGAAUGACGAGGAACAAAUCGAGCGUUGAGUGGCUCUCAUUCUCGCCAUUAUCUUGA